AUGUUCGAAAGCAGCGAUGAUACAUUUCUCUUCUUCCCACCUCUCUCAACUCUCUACAUUUCCCUCAAGAUUUUCCUGCGAAACAAACACAUUUUCCUUUCCAUAUUUGCCCUCGCCACCCUCCCACUUUCUUUUCUUCUUUUCUCUCUAUCUUUAUACUCCCACCGCCUCAAGUCCCACGUUUACCACCUGGAAUUCAUUGCCCUCCGCUCCCACACGCGCUUCGAGGCGCGUCACGUCUUGCAAGAGUCACGCGCCGACGCUCUCGGCCUCCUCAAGCUCAGAGCUCUCUUCUUUCUUCCCAACUUCCUCCUCUCCCUCGUCGCCGCCGUCACCUCCGUCAGCUCCACCGUCUCCGCCGUCCAUUCCAAACGCCCCACCCUCGUCUCCUCCUUCGAAGCCGUUAAGCUCACGUGGAAACGCCCCUCCGUCACCACCAUCUUCACCUACGCCAUCUCGCUAUUCUACGCCCAGCUCCCGCGUACUUUAGCAGCUCUAUCCGGGUCGCCCGGGUCCGAAUUCUUGGUCCUCCUAAUCGGGUCGGGUCUCGAGGUUUACUUAAUGGCGGUGCUGAGUCUCGGCCUCGUGGUAUCGAUCGCGGAGGACAGGUUUGGAUGGGAAGCGAUUCGUGUCGGGUCUGGUCUAAUGGCGGGUCGGAGAGUUUCCGGGUGGGUGCUUUCGGGUUUGUUCGUGUUGGUAUCGGGCGCAAUUGCUAUGGAUCUAGAGAGGAUCGUGGACGGUCAGGAUUUGUUGUCAUCGACAUCGACGGCUAUGAGGGUAGUGGAUGGUGUUAGAAAUAAAGUGGGGUUAAUUUUGUUGUAUGGAGUAGUGGUGCUUUGGAGUUACAUUGUUAAUACAGUUUUUUACUGCGAGUGUAGAAAGAGACACGUUAAUAGGGUGGAAGAUGAGAGUGUUGCAGUUUAG